AUGAGUUUUUGAAGACAGUUUGAAAUGCAGCUUUCUUUAAAUAUGAAGCUUCUUGAAAACAUUCCAGUGCUGCAGAUCUUCCUGCUGUUGCAUCUCAGCCUGAUCAGUGGCGUACAGAGAGCUCCUAAAAUCACCACCUUACUUGAGACAGUUGAUGCCUUACUGGAUCAUAAUGCUACUUUUAUAUGUGAGGUCGACUCACACCCUUUAGCAGAUAUAACAUGGAUGCGUAAUAAUUACCCUAUACGGCACUAUGACUCUCGAUACAUUAUCAGAGAAAAUGGCCAAAUGUUGAUCAUUCCCAAUGUGAAGGACACAGACAGCGGAGAAUAUUGUUGCACCGCCAAUAAUGGGAUUGGAGAACCAGCAAAAAGCUGCGGGGCUUUGCAGCUAAAGAUGAAGCCCCAGAUUAAGAGACAUCCAACAAAUGUUACAUUACUAUUGGAGUCCAAGGCAGUGUUGCCAUGUGUAUCGUUAGGAUAUCCAAAGCCAGAAAUUUCCUGGCUUAAAGGUGAUGAGUUGAUAAAGGUUGAUAGCCGAAUAUCAAUUUUGGAAUUCGGUGCUUUAAAAAUUCACAAUAUCAGGAAAGAGGACGCAGGACAAUACCGAUGUGUGGCAAGGAACAGUUUUGGGAUUGCCUAUUCAAAACCAGUCACCAUUGAAGUACAAGCUCCUGCUAAAAUACUUAAAGUUCCCAAAGAGAGGAAAGUGCAGAUUGGAACUGAAGUGGCCUUGGAGUGCAAUGCCACUGGAAACCCUGUUCCUUCUAUCACUUGGCUGGAAAAUGGAAAUACAAUCACGGGGGCAUCAGUAGAGGAGACGCUGGUUGGGGAGGUGAUUGUCUCCAUCCUUCAUGUGGUGGUAAAUAAACCGGCUCUUUACACAUGCCAGGCUACCAAUCAACACAGCGGAGGAGCCAAUACUGUCAAAGCUACAGCCAAGAUCACUGUCUCAGAAUGGAGGCUGUACAAAGGUAGUGCUGGUUAUUGCAGUAUGUACCGGGGUGAAGUGUGCCGUGGGCUGUUGCGACAUUCAGCACUUGUCUUCUUUAACUCUUCUCUGCCGGAGCCGGAGCAGGCGCAGGAGUUCCUGGCGCAUGGAGGCUGGGCCGAGCUGGAGGGAACAAGCCCGCUGUGCCAGCCUGCAGCUCGCUCACUACUCUGCCAUGCUGCCUUCCAAGACUGCAGCCCAUCAGGCCUCGGUCCUGCACCCAAACCUGUCUGCAGGGAGCACUGUCUGGCUGUGAAGGAGCUCUACUGUUAUAAGGAAUGGCACUCGAUGGAGGAGAGGAAUCACAGAGGAAUCAUUUCUCCAAGCCUGAGCCUCACUUUGCCAGACUGCGAAACUCUGCCCAGCCAGCAGGCAGAUCCAGCGUCAUGCACCGCCGUAGCAUUUGUAGAGAUGAAGAAAGACCAAAUCACAACUACGUGCUACAAUGAUAGAGGAAGGUUUUAUCAAGGCAAUCACAAUGUCACAGCAUCUGGUAUUCCUUGCCAGCGAUGGGACCAGCAGGAUCCUCAUCCUCACAGGCUGUCUGUGGACGUCAUCCCAGAGCUGAAGAAUGCUGAGAACUACUGUCGCAAUCCUGGGGGGGAGAGUGAUCGGCCAUGGUGCUACUCCACCAACCCUAGCAUACGCUGGGAGUAUUGCCUGGUGCCCAAAUGUGUAGAAGUAGUUACCAGUGUGAGAGUGCUGCCUGCUCCAAAACUGGCCCCUUCAAACCCCAUUCCUGCUGUGUCCACCGGCUACUACAUGAGUGUUAUCAUAUUCAUCAUGGCUGGAUUUGCAGGUGUAGCCUUCUUCACUAUCAUUCUGCUCAUGUGUCUCAAGAGAAGAAAAAGGUGGAAACGUCGCAAAAGGGCCAUGGAGGCGCCGACUCUCACCGCUCUUCCCUCUGAGCUGCUGUUAGACAGACUGCAUCCGAACCCCAUGUACCAGCGCCUUCCUCUACUGCUCAACUCCAAGCUUCUGACGCUCGAGUACCCACGUAACAACAUCGAAUAUGUGCGCGACAUCGGAGAAGGAGCCUUCGGACGAGUGUUUCAGGCAAGGGCUCCUGGGCUUUUACCACAUGAAAGUUUCACCAUGGUGGCUGUAAAGAUGCUAAAGGAAGAGGCUUCAGUUGACAUGCAGAACGACUUCCAGAGAGAGGCAGCUCUCAUGGCAGAGUUUGAUCACCCCAACAUUGUCCGGCUACUGGGUGUGUGUGCUGUAGGGAAGCCCAUGUGUCUGAUGUUUGAGUACAUGGCACAUGGAGAUCUAAAUGAGUACCUGCGGCGACGUUCUCCGGUCCAGCAGCGCACUCUGAGCCAGGGAAGUCUGACGUGGCCGAGUUCCCAGUCCUCUGAGUCUGAUCUGUGUCCACUCAGCUGCCUGGAUCAGCUUUCGGUAUCCAAGCAGGUGGCGGCAGGCAUGGCGUACCUGUCUGAGCGCAAAUUUGUGCACCGGGACUUAGCCACACGGAACUGCCUCGUAGGCGAGAACCUGGUGGUAAAGAUUGCAGACUUUGGCCUGUCACGGAACAUCUAUGCAGCCGACUACUACAAGGCAAGUGAGAAUGACGCCAUUCCUAUCCGCUGGAUGCCACCUGAGUCUAUCUUCUAUAACCGCUACACCACUGAGUCAGAUGUCUGGGCCUAUGGAGUGGUGCUCUGGGAGAUCUUUUCGCAUGGUAUGCAGCCCUACUAUGGCAUGGCACAUGAGGAGGUGAUAUACUUUGUCAGGGAUGGCCACGUGCUGCAGUGCCCAGAACAGUGCCCACUGGAGCUCUAUAACCUGAUGCGUUUGUGCUGGAGCACCCACCCGAGUGACCGACCCAGCUUUGCUAGCAUUCACCGCAUCCUGGAGAGGAUGCAUAACCAGAUGCUUCACUCUAGCAUGAACUGAGGCAAUCUGCGGAUCUACAGCAAAGAAAGCUCCCAAAACAAUCAUAAUCAUUGAGGAACAAGGUAUCCUCGGACUUUAACCCAUCUGAGGUUGACUGUUUUGUGUUUUGUGUAAACUCUGUGCAACAGACAAGUGAAUUCAGCCAUGUGCGUAAACAGACCAGAUGGGAUAAAUCAGAAGUUGUACACUAAGGAGACAGUAGGGUCCAACUGAAUGAGUCCACUACCAAUAACUGUUAUGAAAAAUGAAUACAUUUUUAUCAAAUAUUUCUCAGUUAGCUGUAAUUCUACAUGGUGUUGUUAGGUAGACAGUAGGUAGUGUUUCCACCUCACAGGUCCAAGAUCCCCUAAAUGAUCCUGAGAUGUGUAGAGUUUCACAUCUCUCUGUAUUCUCCGGUUUCCUCUCACCAUAAAAGAACUAGUAGGUGGAUUGGCCAUGCUAAAUUAUCCCAAGGUAUGAAUGCUUGUGUGAAUGUGUGUGUUCAUGAUGCCAUGCAGUGGACUGGCAUUCUGUUCAUGGUGUAUAUUCCUGCCUCAUGCCCAGUGUUCCUCGGGAUAGGCUUCAGAUCCACCACGACCAGGAUAAAGCUGUUAUUGAAUAUGAAUGAAUCAAUGAAUGGAUGAAAGAACAACCUCUGUCUAAUUCUGUCUAAGAAAUAGAAUGGGGCAAAUCGUAAAUAUUGACUGGAAGAUAACCCAUCAUAAUAUUAUCAUGAGAGCACGUUAAAAAAAAAACAUACACAAACUACUACAGCAAAAAUUAGAACAGACAAAUUAUACUAAUUUGAUUAGAUGUUUGGUUUUGAGUUGAAUGUGGUUAAAUCAAUGUAAAGGGUAAGAUUAAUUUAAAAUCUUUCCUCUCUUUGUGAAAUGGCUUUCAGGGCAGAGUAGAUUAAUUGUGGCUUUUAAUGGUUUUUCCAGAGUAGAUGAAUUGUGGGGGUAGCCUUAACCCCACCUGCUCCAGUGGUGCCAUAUCAUGGCUGACCCUCUGCUCUGACCCUAAGAAGCUGGGAUGUGCGAAGAGAAGAAUUUCACUAUACUGUAAUGUAUAAUUUAAGGCUUUUUUCUAAUGACAGUUGGUCAUUGGUCAAAUCUUGCAAGCCGAGCUGACUAGCCUUUUUCCUAAGUUUAAAUUAAGUGCUUAAAUGUAGCUAUAACCUCUGUACAAAGUUCGUUUGACCUCUCCAUCCAUCAUACAUGUUAAUUGUAUACUGUUCUUCAUAUUAUUUGAAAGAAAUGUAUGAUAUUACAAAAAAGAAGCAUUUUUGCUUCAACAAGAUUGAAAUCUUUAUCUUUUGCUGUAUGAAAAACCUUAUCUUCAAGUUUUAAGUUCUGUGCAAAAGUCUUAGGCACAUGCAAAGAAAUGUUGUAAAGCAAAGAUGCCUUCAAAAAUAAUGAAAUUAAAUGUUUCUACAUAAGAAAAACCAGAGUCAAUAUUUGCUAUGACAAUCCUUUGCUUUAAAAAAGUAGUCUCAGGUACAUUUGGGCAGUUUUAUAAGGAAAUUGGCUGGUAAGUUUCACUGAGCAUCUUGGAGCCCAGUUCUUUUGCAUGCAAAACCCAGCGGCCUUCAUUAUGUCUUUUGUCUGGAAAGUGGUCUGUUAGGUAAUAUGUUGCUUUCUUUACUGACAUACAAACAUUUUUCUGUAACAUUUAAUUUCAAGUUUCGAGUUUAUUUGUCAUGUGCACAAAAUGGCAGUGACAACUGUGCAUUGAAAUGAUUGUUGUGAAGCUCAGGUACUCUACACCUAUAUAUAUAUAUACACAUCAGAAGUCAAAGAGGGGAGCAGAGAGGAAAGAUGGGGGAAAGAGAUUAUUAACAAAUACAAAAUAUGUACAAAAUCUACAGAAUAUAUUAGUAUGUAUGGUAUGGAUGCCUAGUUAGUAUGUAAGUAAAGUGCAGACCCUAACUGUGAACACUGAAAUAUGUGGAAUAUGUGGAAAAAGAGUGCAAAAGGUAGUAAAAUAAAUAGUAGCUGUGUGCAGCUGUAGUGUCUGAGCAGUUCUCUUCUCUAUAGACACAGGAGAGUAUAAAAAGCAGAUGAAACAGCAGUACAAAGUAGCAUUUAAAAAUAUUUUUUUUAAAUUACAGUUAAAUUAGAUGUAAUAGUAUGUGUAGUGUGGUAGUAAAUGUGAUCAGUAUAUAACAAUGUAUUGCACAGAGACAGGACGUAGUUCUUAGUGGCAGUAAAGUGGUAAUAGUGUUCUUAGAAAUAUUGCAACAUGCCCAAAAGUGACAGAACCAUGUGAAGAGAUUUUCCGUGAGUGUAUUUGGGCUGUCAGGGAGGUGACCAGUGUGUGGGAGGUAGUGGAGGUAGUGGAAGCAUAACUGAAAGAGUGGAAGAAGGAGUAAUGACUGGAUUACAGUUUAUUCAGGAUCCUGAUGGCCUGCAGGUAGAAACUGUUCUUCAGCCUGCUGAUUCUGGAUUGAGUGCUGCGGUACCUUUUGCCUGAUGGCAGUCUGGCAAACAGUCUGUGUGCUAGGUGACUGCAGUCUGUGGUGAUUUCGUGAGCCUUCCUCAGACAUCAUAUAUGGAAGAUGUCCUGUAAGGCCAAGAGUUUGUUGCCAAUAAUGAGUUCAGCUGCUCUCAUGACUCUCUGGAAGGCCUUGCGGUCACAGAGGGAGCAGCUGCCAUACCAGACAGUCAUGCACCCAGUCAGGAUGCUCUCUAUAGUGCAUUUGUAGAUGUUGGUCAGGAUUUUAGGGGAGGAGCCUCUGCAGGAAGUAGAGUCACUGACAAGCAGAUUUCACCAGUGUCUUAGUGUAAAAUUAUGUCUUAUUGUUAAUUUCUUUGAAAAAUUAUUUUUUGGAAAUAUAAAUGUUUUUGUACUGACUUAAUAAUGCACAGGUCGUGAAAUAAACAUCUAUAAAUUUUUUUUACUAAAAAUAAGGUUCCUUAGACUUUUGCACAGUACCGUAUAUGUAUUAACCUGUCAAUUUUUAAAAACUGUUUCUGUUAAAUAAUGACUUAAAACAGUCCACUUGGUAGUGGACUCAGAUUUUUGGACUCCAUUGUAGGUCACUGUGAUACCAUUGGAAUUUGCACAGGAAGUGGUGCAAUACCAGCGUCUGGACACUGUACUUGUCAACUAGUCAAGCAACUAGUCAUAGCUCAAACAUGUGUCUGAGAAGUGAGUGAUAUUUUCAGUGAACUUUGGCCUUGUAAAAUGAACUCUAAUCAAACCUUUUACACUUUUGAUAUUGUUCUUGUUGUUUGUGUGCAUUCUGACAUUACUGAGUGACUACAUACAGUAUUUAUUGAUUCUAUGUAUAAAGGUAUGAAAGGUUAAGUGGAGCACACAGAAUGUUUGAUGAUGUUGCAAUAUUGCUUGAAUAGAGUAGUGUAUUCCAAAAUGGCACAUUAUCACUUUACUAAUGUUUGUGUUUGAUCCAUUUUUUCCAACUAACAGACUACAUACACUGAUUUGCCAGUUUUGUUAGGUACCCCAAUCCAGUAACCUGUUGCACCGCCUUUGGUUUUACAGAACAGCUUGAAUUCACUUGAAUACUGGAUGCUUUGUGUAGAAAGUUAUACCAUAUGGAAAGGAUAGCAUUCAAUGCAGAUUGGGUGGCUGUCUAGUCAGACAGCUGUACAGGCUUUCCAUUUCAGCCCAGAGACUCUUGACUGUGCAGGCAAUUAACACAGUAAAAACUGUCAUGUUCCUGGAACCGUUCAAUGACAAUAUGCGCCUUAUGUCAUGGCGCACUAUCAUGCUGGAAGUGUCCAACCAAGUGUUCAAUGAACUAGAUCAGCAUUGAUGUUUAGUUACACCAUGCAUUUCAGACGUUGUUCAAUGAGUAUCAGGGGCCCAUAUACUGUAUGUACCAGGAAAACAUUCCCCACACCAUCAUGCUGCCACCACUUGCCUGUUCUGUUAUUACCACGUCAGAUGGCUCCAGUGACUUAUCACUCCAUCAGGAGUGAUCUUCAUCCAAAUGAAACUUGGAUUCAUCCAACCAGGCAACAUUUUUCCCACUCCUCAACAGUCCAGUUCUGAUGCUUCUGUUCUCAUUGUAGACAUACGCCCUUGUUCUGCCCUGACAACACUGACACCCAACAUGGUUUUUGGCUAUUGUUGUCCAUUUGAGACCAGAGAGUCUAGUAAGUCAUGGCUUCUAAGAAGGCAUUCUGUACAGCAGUGUUGAAUUUGGAUGGGAUUUGCCUGAUUAUCUUGUACAUUGCCAACAUUCUCUUCUGACUACUCUGAUCCGAAAGAGGUUUUUGUCUACAGUUUAUUCUUUUCUCACCCUGCUGUGCAUGAAAAGCCCAGGCUGAUUGUGGUAUGGUAGAACCAUGAUGCUGAGAGCCAACUAUUGUGCCGAUCACAUUAUUUAUACCAUGCACUGCAGUCACAUGACGUAUGACUUGGAAUGUACAAAUUGUAUGAAGGGGUAACGUAGAUCACCUAGCAACAUUGUUACAAAUAGUAUUAUUCUACUUUGAAUAAUAUGUUAAUCUAUUUACAUGUCAAAGCUGUAUAACCCCAACGUUUUGGUAUAAAAGAAAAUCUGAAUUAAAAUCAAUGAAAUGCAACUUAUGUGCGUAAUACAUAUUUGUAUUAUUAAAUAUUUAUAUGGUUUAGAUUCACCAGGCUCAUUUAUCACACAUCAUGUUCAGUAACAUUUUAUUUAACAGCUAGUUAAUAAGUACAUCACCAUAAAAACAAUGUAUGUGUAAUAAAACCAUAUAACCUAUACUCUCAUAAAAAUAUUUCUAAAGAUUAAGAUUCUAAAAUGACUAAAAUGUACCUUUCCUUGACACUAGGGUGGUACCCUCAAAGGUACCUUUUGUACUAUUUACCUUCAAUAUGUAUCUUUCACUUGGAAAUGUGGAUAUACAAUGGAUAUAAAAAGUCUACACUCCCCUGUUAUAAUGGCAGGUUUUUGUGAUGUAAAUAAAGUUAAACCAAGAUAAAUCAUGUCAGAACUUUUUCCACCCUCAAUGUGAAAUUACAAUGUAGAAAAGUUAAGUGAAAAACAAUCAGAAACAUUUUAGGGACAAUUAGAAAACAUAGAAAGUUACAGUAACCUGGCUGCAUAAUUGUGCACACCCUUUUAUAAUUGGGGAUGUGGCUGUGUUCAGAAUGAACCAAUCACAUUCAAUCUCAUGUUCAAAAGUAAUUAUCAUACAGCUGUCAUCAAGGAAAUCAUUCAGAUUAAACCCCAAAUAAAGGUCAGCUGUUUCUGUAGGAUUUUCUUGACAUCUUCUUGGUUUCAUCUGAAUGCUGAAGUUAUGGUCCAUAAAGAGCUUACAAAGCAUGCAUGGUAUCUCACUUGUUGAAAGAUAUCGAUCAGUAGAGGGGUAUAAAAGAAUUUCCAAAACAUUAGAUGUACUAUAAAGGAACACCAUAAAGGCCAUCAUCAACAAAUAGAGAAAAUGGAGCACCACAGUGACAUCAUCAAGAACACUAAGACAUCUCUCCAAAAUUUACAAAAGGACAAGACAAAACUUAGCAGGGAGGCUGCCAAGAGACCUAGAGCAAUAUUAAAGGAGCUGCAGGAAUAUCUGCCAAGUACUGAUUACUCUCUGCAUGUGACAACAUCCUUUUGUAUUCUUUACAUGUCUUGGCUAAUUGGUAGGGUGGCUAGACGGAAGCCCUUUCUCACAAAAAACAUCCAAGCUCAACGAAAUCACCCCAAACCACGUGGCAAAAUGUGUUAUGGUCUGAAGAGACCAAUUCCAAAAGUUAUAAUAGUUCCACAAUUCCAAAAGGUAUGUUUGGUGCAAAAAAAAAAAAAAAGCACAUCACCAAAAGAACAUUAUACCCAUGGUGCAGCAUGGUGGUGGUAGCAUCAUGCUUUAGGGCUACUUCUCUUUAGUCAGGACUGGAGGUGGAGGGAAUCAUAAAUAUCUACUAAUACCAGAAGAUUUUAGUGCAAAACCUUCAGGUGUCUACUAGUAAGCCGAAGAUGAAAAUGAUUUUCACCUUUCAGCAUGCCAGUGACCCAAAGCAUCCAUCAAUAAAGCAAUCAAUAAAGGAACGGCUUAAGCAAAAGAAGAUCAAUGUUUUUGAAUGACUGUGGGGUGACCUGAAGCAGGCUGUGCACCAGAUGCCCUUAUAACUUGAUGGAUCUAGAAUGUUUUUGCAAGAAAGAGUGAGAAA